AUGGCGGCGGAGGCGCCGUCGCCCCCGUCGCCGCCCGCCUCGCCCGAGCCCGAGCUGGCGCAGCUGCGGCGGAAGGUGGAGAAGCUGGAGCGCGAGCUGCGGAGCUGCCGGCGGCAGGUGCGGGAGGUGGAGCGGCUGCUGCACCACACGGAGCGGCUGUACCAGCGCGCCGAGAGCAGCAACCAGGAGCUCCGCACGCAGGUGGAGGAGCUCAGUAAGGUCCUGCACUGCGGGAGGAGCAGAGACAGGGAGAAGUCCGAUGUGGAGGUGCAGACAGAGGACGGCGCUGCCUGGGCGGCCUCAGAUUAUUAUUACCAGACCUGUUAUAGUGAUGACAGUCUGGCAAAUCAGGUCGCUGAACUCGCAGCUCAGCAGCGCCAGCGUGCUGAAGCUCCAGCUUUGACGUGCGAAGACCAGUCACAGCCAGAGCGUGCUGCUUACGCUGACCCUGCUGGGUGUGCCCCUGGGCACCACCUCGCCCCGGACACUGAGGGGCCAGCGUCUGCAUCGGCAGCUGAAGGUGCGCCCUUGGAAGGGGCGUCGUUGGCCGAGAGCUUGAGAGCUGCAGCGGAGGCUGCCGUGUCGCAGACGGGCUUCAGCUACGACGAGAGCACUGGGCUCUACUUCGACCACAGCACUGGUUUCUAUUACGACUCGGAAACUCAGCUGUACUACGACCCUUCCACUGGCAUCUAUUACUACUGCGACGUGGACAGCGGUCGCUACCAGUUUCAUUCGCGGGUGGAUCUGCAGCCUUACCAGACUCCUGCCACAAGACAAAGUAAGGAUAAAAAAUCAAAGAAGAGAAGAAAGGACCCAGAGUGCUCUACGGCAGCUGAAGAAAAGGACGUGAGUUCAGCAGACCAGAAGGCUGCCAGUGUGGAAUACGCAAGCUGCGGUGAGGCAGAGAGUUUUGCAAAUGGGAGGAAGAAGGCCAAAACGGACGUGGAUCACAGACACAGUCCUCCCCAAUGUGGGGCAGAGUCCCCUCCCUGUGACAGCGCCGCGAAUGCCGCUGCAGGUGACGCCGGGAAAGGCACAGAGACCGACAGUGAGCCGGAGGAAGGUGAAAUUACAGACUCUCACACCGAGGGCACUGGUGAGGAGGAGGAGGACGGCGGCAGUGUGGACACCGAGGAGGAGGAGGAGAAGAUCUGGCCCCCAUGUAUCAGAGUGAUUGUCAUCAGGUCCCCGGUGCUGCAGACUGGGUCGCUGUUUAUCAUUACCGCUGUGAACCCGGCUACGAUUGGAAGAGAGAAGGACAUGGAGCACACCUUGCGCAUCCCUGAAGUCGGUGUCAGUAAGUUUCAUGCAGAAGUGCAUUUUGACCACGACUUACAAAGCUACGUCCUGGUGGACCAGGGCAGUCAGAACGGCACGACUGUCAACGGGAAGCAGAUUCUCCAGCCAAAAACCAAGUGUGACCCUCACGUGCUGGAGCACGGGGAUGAGGUGAGAAUCGGGGAGACGGUGCUGUCCUUCCACAUCCACCCUGGCAGCGAGACGUGCGAUGGCUGCGAGCCAGGGCAGGUGAGAGCGCACCUGCGCCUUGAUAAGAAGCACGAAGCUUUCGUUGGUCCAGCACUAAGUAAAGAAGAAAAAGAGUUGGAAAGGAGAAAAGAAUUAAAGAAAAUACGAGUGAAAUAUGGUUUACAGAAUACAGAUUAUGAAGAUGAAAAGGCCUUGAAGAAUCCAAAAUACAAAGACCGAGCUGGGAAGCGCAGAGAGCAGGUUGGGAGUGAAGGGCCCUUCCUGAGGGACGAUGCUCCUGCGUCUGUCCAUGCUGAAAUUACAGAUAGCAACAAAGGCCGGAAGAUGUUGGAGAAGAUGGGCUGGAAGAAAGGCGAGGGCUUGGGGAAGGACGGCGGCGGCAUGCGCGCUCCGAUCCAGCUGCAGCUUCGGCAGGCUCACGCGGGCUUGGGGACCGGCCAGCCGUCCUCCAUUGAAGAGGGUGCCCUCCUCCAGAACAAGAGCAGAAAGAACUGGGACAAAGCGCGAGAGAGGUUUGCUGAGAACUUUCCGGAAACCAGGCCGCCCAGAGAUGCGCCGGGGAGCGCGCCUUGGGUGAAAGGGACUGCAGAGUGAAGCCAGUCGCAGCGUGGUCGGGAGCUUGGAGGAAGAGUCUGCAAGUCUCCGCUUACGUGAAACUGCUUCUCGGAAGGUCAGUGGCACAGGGACCUGUGUCACAGCUGCCGCCACGUGUAGGCUGUAAUAAAGUGUAGCUACAGUGACUGGAUCAGGGCGUGUGCUGAGUGGCCUAACGCUCACGGGCAGAGUGGCUGGCAGGCUUGUUACUUGGUCUGGUCAUUACAUCAGUGCGUGAGCUUCAUGAACUGCAUCUUGUCCUUGUCCCCAGAGCGCACAGCAGCAGAGAAAAAAUCUAGUGUUCCUUGGAGCAGUUUUGACUUCCAUGCAUCCCCGUCCACGCCCCUUAGAAGCUGGUGAGGACGUUGAGAAGGUGUGGGCGAUGGUGCUGAGGUGGGGGAGCAGCCCAGAGCUCGUGGACAGCUGACUCUGGUGGGAGAUCCCACGGCCACUCAUUUCUUCUGUGAAGAAUCUGUGGAUGUGUGCUCUGUGUUGCGCAUUCACAUGUGUUAGUUUCGUAGCAACUGAGAUUCUAGGUGAGAGCAGCUGAGAGCAGUGUGGGAGUCGCGUAGCGUGCUGGCGUUUGUAGUUCUGUUCAGUACCAUUGCGGGCAGUGGAGUUUGCCAGGGAUACCAGGUCUGUAGUGCAAGGGUCUCCCAGCCUCAGCCUCAGCCUCACAAUAUUGAUGGGAAAUGUUGACAAAUGCAAUAAAAAAUGACAAUGUUGA